UUGAUAGUUUGAUACUUUAUUGUUGAAGGUGAUCGUCACCAUAACCGCAGACCGAAAAGGGUAAAAUCCUAAUGGCCCAAACGAACGCGCAAAAGAAAUUGAGAAGAAACAAAGCGAAAGCAGUCGACGACCGAACGUGGGGAGGCACAGGUUCACGGCCACAACCCACGGACGACGAACAUCAACUUCCAACUACUUACGAGCCCUAAUUUGGUUUUCCACUUUGUUCUGCAAGCUCAAACAGGAGAGGAAGUGCAUUGAUAUACAUGAGAGUGUUUUUGAAAGUUAAAGCUACAUGAAUAUGUCUUGGAAGAGGGCCAAAACUCCUGGAUGGGCUGCAUUCGACCCUAAUAAGCAACAAAAACAAGUCAACAAUGAUGAAAUACACAAUGACCCAUACCCACCCAUCUCAACCAAUAUUCCUACAUCUCAUCAAAGUCAAAAUCAUUCAAGAAAUCUUGAUCUUAAUGGGAGAUCUUUCUCCUCUGUUCUCACUCACUCGUCAAGUCUUCCAGAUAUGAUAUCUAAUGAUAUUCAAAAUGUUCCAAGUGGUUUAAUGGAAAAUAAUCACAAUUUAAGGGUGAUUGUCGAGUCAAAAGAAAACAAUAUCUCUCAUGUUUAUGAGAAGCUCAAGGAGCUUCAUCCAUGGGCUGAUGAGAAGUUGAUAGAGGAUAUAGUGGCAGCUGUAGAUAAUGAUAUUGACAAAGCCUCGUCUCUACUGAAAGAGAUGACUUCCCCUGGUAGUUUGCAGGAAAAGAAGGAAGAAGAGAAUAUUGAGGAACAUGGUUUGUCUGGGAAGGUGGUUGUUGAUGAUAAUGUAGCCCUAAGGCUUAUUAUUGAUAGCUUGAGUAUGAUUCCAGUGGAACCUGAAUGGGAAGAUGAUGAUGACGUGUACAUAAUGCAUCGGAAAGAAGCCAUCAAGGCUAUGAGGUCAGCCUCUCGAUACUCAAAAGCAGCUAAAGAGGCGUAUCUAAGAAAAGAUCAUGCAACUGCACAUGAGUUUUCCUUAAAGGCUAGAGAAGAAUGGAGUGCUUCUGAAAAGCUUAAUGCAAAAGCAGCAAAUGAAAUUUUAGCAAUCAGAAACUCUGAAAAUGAUGAUUGGAAAUUGGAUUUACAUGGUCUUCAUGCAUCAGAAGCAGUGCAAGUUUUACAACAACACUUACUCAAGAUAGAAUCUCAUUUGUCAACAAACCCUAAACAACAAUUAUCUAAGCGAAGAUUGUUAGAAGUCAUUACAGGGAAAGGUAGUCAUAGCCGAGGACAAGCAGCACUUCCAAUAGCAAUAAAAAGCUUUCUCACUGAAAAAGGGUAUUAUUCAUAUGAGGCAAGGAUUGGGGUUAUAACAGUGCAACCUAAAUUUCGUCAACUCUCAACUAUUCUAUCAAGUACUUAGUGGUUUUGAACUACUAGAAGUUUCCUGGUUGACAUUUGGGAGUCAAAUGGACUACUUUUUAACUUUUAGAUUCAUUUAAAAAAAAUUAUUUUUCUGAAGUUAUAUGAUAAGCAUUAAAAACAUAGAACAGUUGGUGUUUAGAAGUGUGGUAAUUCAUUUGUAUAAUUUAUGUUUCUGGGAAUUAGUAGGCUGGACAUUAGAGAUUUAAAAUUGGGUCAAUUGCGUACGAUAUUGAUUAUGUAUUGACAUUGUUUUAUAAAUAAAAUAUUGCAAGGAUAAUACACCA